AUGGAUGGUGACUACGUUAUUGGGGGUGUUUUCUCCUUACACAACUACAUAGACACAGUGAUUCAUAACUACACCACCAUGCCUGAGCCACUAAGAUGCACAGGGAGCCUCGACUCUCGUGAGCUGCGCUUCUCACGCGCAAUGGUGUUCGCUAUCGAGGAGAUAAACAACAGCAGCAAGCUGCUGCCGGGCAUCAGGCUCGGUUAUCAGAUCCACGACUCGUGCGCCUCAGCGCCCAUGGCGGUGCACGUGGCAUUCCAGCUUUCAAAUGGCUUGGACCCGGUCUUUUACACCGGAGACAAUUGCUCGCAAUCUGGUAUCGUGGUGGCUAUCGUUGGUGAGUCUGGGUCCACACCAUCCAUCAGCAUGUCGCGCGUCUUCGGACCCUUUAACAUUCCUCAAGUGAGCCACUUUGCCACCUGUGCAUGCUUGUCCAACAAGCAGCAGUACCCGAGUUUCUUCAGAACCAUCCCCAGUGACCAGUUCCAGGCCGGUGCACUGGCCAAACUGGUCAAACACUUUGGCUGGACUUGGAUAGGUGCUGUCCGGUCCGAUUCGGACUAUGGGAAUAAUGGCAUGGCGUCUUUUCUGGACGCAGCGCGCAAAGAGGGGAUCUGUGUUGAAUACUCCGAAUCUUUCUAUCGGACCCACCCACGCAGCAAGAUCCAGAGAGUGGCUGAUGUAAUCCGCAGGUCCACAUCAAUGGUUGUCGUGGCAUUUGCAGCCGUUGGGGACAUGAGGAUCCUGUUUGAGGAGCUGUUACGGGAGCCUCUCCCACCUCGCCAGUGGAUAGGCAGUGAGUCCUGGGUAACUGACCCAGAAAUGCGGAGGUUCACUUUCAGUGCCGGAGCCAUUGGAUUUGGCAUUCAGCAAUCUGUCAUCCCAGGUCUGAGAGACUUCCUGCUGGAUCUAUUCCCCGCUAAAGUGGCUGCAUCCCAGAUGUUGACUGAGUUCUGGGAGGAUUCAUUCAACUGCAGGUUGAACAAAAGUGCAGCCACAGACAAGAGCGUGUGUGAUGGAACUGAAGACAUACAGACACUCCAGAACCCGUACACCGACACAUCUCAGCUCCGAAUUACUAACAUGGUGUACAAGGCUGUUUAUGCAGUAGCACAUGCCAUUCACAAUGCAGUGUGUCAGAAAAGAAAUUCUACAACUCAGUGCGACAAACUCACCAGGAUAGAAUCUAAACAGGUUCUUACUGAGCUGAAGAAAGUCAAUUUUUCCCAAAAUGGUUAUGAUGUGUCAUUUGAUAUCAAUGGGGAUCCUGUGGCUACAUAUGAGCUCGUCAACUGGCAAAAACGUGAGAGUGGCAGCAUUGAGCUGGUGACAGUAGGGCACUACGAUGCAUCUCUGCCAGCGGGUCAGGAAUUUCACAUCAGCAAGAGCCUUACCUGGGUGGAGGGUAGUACACAAGUGCCUGUGUCAGUGUGCUCUGACAGCUGUCCUCCAGGAACUCGUAAAGUGCUGCAGAAAGGAAAACCCAUCUGCUGUUAUGACUGUAUACCAUGUCCUGAGGGAGAGAUUAGCAAUACUACAGAUUCCUCUGAUUGUUUCCCUUGCUCUGAGGAGUCCUGGCCUAAUGCAGAGAGAAACACUUGUUUCCCCAAGCCUGUGGAGUUUCUUUCCUUGGACGAGACCCUCGGAAUCAUCCUGGCUGCAUUCUCAGUUGGUGGUGCCUGUCUAGCCAUUAUAACAGCGGCUGUGUUCUUUCACCACAGGAUGUCCCCUAUUGUCAGGGCCAACAACUCUGAACUGAGCUUCCUGCUGCUCUUCUCACUGGCUCUAUGUUUUUUAUGUUCCCUAACUUUCCUGGGAGCACCCUCUGAGUGGUCCUGCAUGCUGCGACACACAGCAUUUGGCAUCACCUUCGUCCUCUGCAUCUCUUGUGUUCUUGGGAAGACUAUAGUGGUAUUAAUGGCCUUCAAAGCUACACUUCCAGGCAGUAAUGUGAUGAAAUGGUUUGGUCCUCCACAGCAAAGAAUGACUGUAGUGUCCUUCACAUUUAUUCAAGUUUUAAUAUGUACUAUAUGGUUGGUUGUUAGUCCCCCUUUUCCAGUGAAAAACCUGACCACAUACAAGGAGAGAAUCAUCCUGGAGUGUGCCUUAGGUUCAGCUAUUGGGUUCUGGGCUGUGCUCGGGUACAUAGGCCUCCUGGCUGUCUUUUGCUUUGUGUUAGCUGUCCUAGCUCGGAAACUGCCUGAUAAUUUUAACGAAGCCAAGCUUAUCACCUUCAGCAUGCUGAUAUUCUGUGCAGUCUGGAUCACCUUCAUCCCAGCAUAUGUCAGCUCUCCGGGGAAAUUCACCGUAGCUGUGGAAAUAUUUGCUAUUCUUGCCUCCAGUUUUGGACUAAUUCUGUGUAUAUUUGCUCCAAAGUGUUUCAUCAUAUUGUUUAAGCCAGAGAAGAACACCAAGAAACAUUUAAUGAACAAAAAUCAAUCUUAG